AUGAAGGACAGUGGGGACUCCAAGGACCAGCAACUCACGGUGGCGCUCCGGGUUCGGCCCAUCAGCGUGUCGGAACUGGAGGAAGGAGCCACCCUCAUCGCCCACAAAGUGGACGAGCAGAUGGUGGUUCUCAUGGACCCGAUGGAGGACCCCGAUGACAUCCUGCGGGCUCACCGGUCCCGAGAGAAGUCCUACCUGUUCGACGUGGCCUUUGACUUCACUGCCACCCAAGAGAUGGUGUACCAGGCCACCACCAAGAGCCUCAUCAAAGGCGUCAUCUCAGGCUACAAUGCCACUGUCUUUGCCUACGGCCCCACAGGCUGCGGGAAAACCUACACCAUGCUGGGCACGGACCACGAGCCAGGCAUCUAUGCCCGGACCCUCAAUGACCUCUUCCGCGCCAUUGAGGAGACCAGCAAUGACAUGGAAUACGAGGUGUCCAUGUCCUACCUGGAGAUCUACAAUGAGAUGAUCCGGGACCUGCUGAACCCCGCCCUGGGGUACUUGGAGCUGAGGGAGGACUCCAAGGGGGUGAUCCAGGUGGCGGGCAUCACCGAGGUCUCCACCAUCAACGCCAAAGAGAUCAUGCAGCUGCUGAUGAAGGGGAACCGGCAGAGGACCCAGGAGCCCACGGCCGCCAACCGGGCGUCCUCCCGCUCCCACGCGGUGCUGCAGGUGUCCGUGCGCCAGCGCAGCCGCGUCAAGAACAUCCUGCAGGAGGUGCGGCAGGGCCGCCUGUUCAUGAUCGACCUGGCCGGCUCCGAGCGCGCGUCCCAGACGCAGAACCGUGGGCAGCGCAUGAAAGAGGGGGCCCACAUCAACCGCUCCCUGCUGGCCCUGGGCAACUGCAUCAACGCCCUGAGCGACCGGAGCAGCAACAAGUACAUCAACUAUCGCGACAGCAAGCUCACCCGGCUCCUGAAGGACUCCCUGGGGGGGAACAGCCGCACCGUGAUGAUCGCCCACAUCAGCCCCGCGAGCAGCGCCUUCGAGGAGUCCCGGAACACCCUGACCUACGCCGGCCGGGCCAAGAACAUCAAGACCAGGGUGAAGCAGAACCUGCUCAGCGUCUCCUACCACAUUGCCCAGUACACCAGCAUCAUCGCCGACCUGCGGGGCGAGAUCCAGCGGCUCAAGUGCAAGAUUGAUGAGCAGGGAGGGCGAGGCCAGGCCCGGGGACGGCUGGAGCGGGGUGACAUUCGCCACAUCCAAGCUGAGGUCCAGCAGCACCGCGGGCAGGAGGAGCAGGCCGACAUGGGGCAGCUGCGGGAGCAGCUCAUCGGCGCUUUCCAGGAGCAGAUGGACGUGCGCAGGCGCCUGCUGGAGCUGGAGAACCACGCCAUGGAGGUCCAGAUCGACACCUCCCGCCACCUGCUCACCAUCGCCGGCUGGGAGCAGGAGAAGUCGCGCCGGGCGCUCAAAUGGCGGGAGGAGCAGCGGAAGGAAUCCUACACCAAGGACGACAGCGAGAAGGACUCCGACCCCGGCGAAGACCAGCCCGACAUCGUGGAGCCGCCGGAGGUGGCCUCCGCCCGGGAGAGCAUCGCCGCCCUGGUGGGCGAGCAGAGGAAGCUGCGCAAGCAGAAGCUGGCCCUGGAGCAGCGCUGCCGGGAGCUGAGCGCGCGGGGCCGCCGCCUGGAGGAGACGCUGCCGGGGCGCAUCGGCUCCGAGGAGCAGCGCGAGGUGCUCAGCCUGCUGUGCCGCGUGCACGAGCUCGAGGUGGACAACACGGCGAUGCAGUCGCACGCGCUGCUCCGCGAGGGCGCGCUCCGCCACCGCCGCGAGGCCCUGCGCCGCCUGGAGCAGCACCGCGCGCUCUGCGAGGAGAUCAUCCAGGGCCAGCGGCAGAUCAUCGACGAUUACAACCUGGCGGUCCCCCAGCACCUGGAGGAGCUCUAUGAGGUGUACCUGCGGGAGCUGGAGGAGGGCGGCCUGGAGCGGGCCACCAUCAUGGACCGCGUGGCCUCCAGGGCCCUGCAGGACAGCUCCUUGCCCAAAAUUAUCCCAGCAGGAACCACGCUGACCCCCGAGGCUGACCUGGAGAGCGUGAAGACGCUGAGCUCUGAAGCCCAGCGCCUGCAGCACAGCAUCCUCCCGCCCCUCAGCACGGAGAGCGAAGCCAACCACGCGUUCAAGACCAGUCCCCGCGCGUGGCAGGUGAAAAGCUCCUCUGUGCCCACCCCACCCCCCAUCCAGAUCGGCCACCUGGUGACCCAGGAGGCCCCCACUCAGGACAGCCUGGUCAGCCUGAGCAGCCGCAUCAACUCCUCCCCUGACAGCAGCGAGAACCUGUCGGAGAUCCCCUUGUCCCACCAAGAGAGGAAGGAGAUUCUCACGGGCACCAAGUGCAUCUCCGUGAAGGCUGCCCGGAGGCGCUCCAGAGCCCUGGGAACGGAGGGGCGCCACCUGCUGGCACCGGCCAUGGAGCGCAGCACCCUGUCCCUGCACUCGCUGAGCGAGGCGGACGAUUCUCGGCCAUCCGGCCCCCUGGCCUGCAAGCGGCCUCCCAGCCCCACGCUGCAGCACGCUGCCAGCGAGGACAACCUGUCCAGCAGCACGGGCGAGGCCCCACCCCAGGUGGUCGGGCAUCGAGACGAUGGCCCCGGGCCCUGGCUGCGGGGCCAGAAGAAAAGCCUGGGCAAGAAACAGGAGGAGUCGCUGGAGGCAAAGAGGAGGAAGCGGAGGUCCCGGUCUUUUGAGGUCACCGGGCAAAGGCUCUCCUGCCCCAAGACACACCUCCUGGGGCCCCGCCCCCUGGAGAGCAUCUCGGACCACAGGAUGCCCGUGUGCGGGCACCCAGCCCCUGGUAUCCGGCAUCUGGGAAAGGUCACGCUGCCUUUGUCCAAGGUCAAACUCCCUCCAAGGCAGAACACAGGCCCUGGGGUUUCCUCCCCACUCGCUGUUCCCUCCAACCCGGCUGGUGUUUCCCGACGGGCUACCCGUGGGCCCCGCCUGCCCCACGGCACCAGCACCCACGGCAAAGACGGACGCUUCCGGCACAACUGAGGGGCCCUGUCUGGCACCGGCCCUCCUGCCCCCAAAGACUGAAUGGGGUGUAGUGGGGAAUGGGAGAUGGAGGCUGGGCAGGUGGGGGUGACCUGGAGGCCGGAGCUCAGGAUCUCAGAAGGCCAGGGCUCCCGAGACCCAGGAAUUAGGAGGGUGUCUGCCCAGCCCUUCCCUGUGUGCAGCGCCACCGGGGCAGGGAGGGGCGCCCAGGAGGCAGGCCAGGAUGGCAGGGCUCCGCGGCCUCCCAGCCUGGGAUGGAACCCUGUGGCCAAAACCCUGCACAGACCUGUGGCCAGACUCGGCCUCGGAAAGGGCGGGAGGGAGCCGUUAGUGGGACAGGGCUCCUGGGCCCACACCUGGGGCCAGGGCCUCCUGGCUGGCGGGAAGGGCCAGCAGAUGGCUCUCAUACUGUGGGGGGAAGGAGGGAGUCUGGUUUCCCUCCUUGGCAGUGGCUCCCUUUUUAAC